CCCCUCCAUCACGUGACCGCCUCUUCCUCCCCGAACCCAUCAUUCGAAGACCGACGGUGCAUUUUUCUUUCCUCUCUCUGUGGCGGAAUCGCUCCGUUCCAUGAAGAUUCAUCUCAAAAAUGCUUUUGUGAACAAUCCGCCGGUUUUUAGCCACGCACUACACGCCAGUUCGUACGCCAUAAGGUACUGCAACUAUUUCUGAAAGGGAAGGAAAAUACAUAUCUCUCAUCAUGGCAGAAAACAACUUCCCUCCGCUGCCUCGAUUCAUCCCCCUCAGGCCUUGCUUCUACCAAGACUUCAAUGAGAUCCCAGACCAGCGCCGCACAAUGUGCAAGCGCCUCUACUACUUGUGGAUCUUGAACAGUGCCACGCUGGCUGUUAACCUGAUCGGCUGCCUGGCGUGGAUGUGUGGCGGGGGCGGAGCCACCAACUUCGGCAUGGCCUUCCUGUGGCUGAUCCUCUUCACGCCUUGCUCCUACGUGUGCUGGUUCCGGCCGAUCUACAAGGCCUUCAAGACUGACAGCUCCUUCAACUUCAUGGCGUUCUUCUUCGUCUUCAUGGCUCAGGUUGUGAUCAGUAUUAUCCAGACCGUCGGCAUUCCUGGUUGGGGGGUAUGCGGCUGGCUGGCGACCAUCACCUUCUUCAGCACCAACAUCGGCUCAGCCGUGGUCAUGCUGAUUCCGACCAUCAUGUUCACCGCCGUGGCGGUGCUCUCCUUCAUCGCCCUGUCAAAGGUGCACAACUUCUACCGCGGCAGCGGCGGCAGCCUGGGGAAGGCCCAGGAGGAGUGGGCCACGGGGGCCUGGAAAAACCCCCACGUGCAGCAGGCGGCGCAGCAGGCGGCCAUGGGCGCCGCCCAGGGAGCCGUGCAGCAGAAUCAGUACUCAGCGGCGCCCACCUACAACUACGACGACCCCAUGUAGGGCGGAGCACGGGAGUAAGACACCUGAAAGGGAUUCACGGAGAACACAGUUGAUGAUUAGGUAUCACUGAGGAGGAGAACAACGUAGGGUCUAAGUGUUUGGUGCAAAUCUGUCGAUCCAUUUUAGUUCCGCAUCGUGUCACAGUAGCAACACGGGCAUUUCAUAUCUAUCCAAAACUUCCAUAACCUUGUUUUUGUUUUUAUUUGCCUUGAAGUUAGUAGGUCCUUAAGCAUCGCAACAUCUUUUUUUUGAUUGAUUGAUUGAAACUUUUAUUAGUAGAUUGCACAGUACAGUACAUAUUCCGUACAAUUGACCACUAAAUGGUAACACCCCAAUAAGUUUUUCAACUUGUUUAAGUCGGGGUCCACGUUAAUCAAUUCAUGGUACAAAUAUGUACUAUCAGCUAGGGGUGUAACGGUACACAAAAAUGUCGGUUCAGUACGUACCUCGGUUUAGAGGUCACGGUUCGGUUCAGUUUCGGAAAACAACAAAAUAUACAUUUUUGGGUUAUUUAUUUACCAAAUUUGCAAAAUCUUCCACCAAAAUUACUUUUCUUAGUGGAAUAUUUGAUGUGAAGUAAUGGGAACCUUGGAUAGGUCAAUAAUUCAUAAUAACAUUGAUUUUGAUUCAAUAUUAUGUUUUGAGCAAUGACAGUUUGAAAGAAAAAAACCCAGCUUUGUUUUAUUAGUCAACAUUGCAACUUUUUCUAAAAUACAUUUAACCUUUUUUAUUUCACUUUUGUUAUGUUUUUGUUUAUUUUAAUAGUAUUUGUAGAAAGUGCCGUGGGCCUUUAAAACAUUAGCUGUGGGCCGCAAAUGGCCUCCGGGGCACACUUUUGACACCCCUGCUAUAGAUAAUAAAAAAUUAAAUCUGAUAAAUCUAUGGAUAAAAAGCAGAGCCAUGCGACGCAUGCGCGUUUAUCAUAACUCUCUCUCUCUCUCUGCCCCUCCCUCACUAAUGCUGCUGCGCGCACAAUUUGUUUUGUUUUCAACCCCUUCUUAACCCUGAACGUAUAUUGAAAAUACACGCAACCCUAACUCAAAAUGCCGGACAUUUGAGGCAUUUAAGAAACUCCGCCCUCACAGCUCCGCAAAAGAGGACAUGUCCGGUGAAAAGAGGACGUAUGGUCAGUCUAUCCUAGCCCGUUAGCUGCUAGCAUGCCGUGUGUUGUGCCUCGGUGUGCAUUGUUUACACAACGUACGUUACGCUACUUAAUAUGUCCGUGUGGAAACCCGUUCGGUACACCUCCGAACGGAACCGGAACCCCCGUACCGAAAUGGUUCAAUACAAAUACACGUACCGUUACACCCCUACUAUGAGCAUAAUACAGUUAUCACACAAGUUAAUCAUCAGACUAUAUACAGUACAUUGAAUUAUUUACAUUAUUUACAAUCCAUCUUCAAGCAAAAAUGGCAACACGACACUGCGCACGUUCUUCCACAAAUACGCGUUAUUACAGUCCUUCCUCAUGUCAACUGUACAGAGUAUUGACCCGAAUAUAAGACAGUUUUUGUUUCUUAGAACGGUCAGGUGGUUUAGAAGCACACACACGGAGAGCGCAGAGGGUCUUUCUUUUUUUCAUAUAUAUAUACAGUACAGGCCAAAAGUUUGGACACACCUUCUCAUUCAAUCUUUAUUUUCAUGACUAUUUACAUUGUAGAUUGUCACAUCAAAACUAUGAAUGAACACAUGUGGAGUUAUGUACUUAACAAAAAAAUAACUGAAAACAUGUUUUAUAUUCUAGUUUCUUCAAAAUAGCCCUCAGUGUGUAACAUGUUUUUGCCUCGGCUCCCAGUGGUAACGAUACCAUGUCUACGAGGAAGAAUAUCCCACUAUGACUACUCCCACAUGAUCUAUUUGACCUCUUAAGGCCCAAGCCGUUUGUUUACAUGCUUUUUUUUAUUUCUCUUUGCUAUUUGGGCUUAUUGGACCCUAAUUAGAAUAAAAACUAAGAAUCAUCUUUUGAUAUGAUGUACUUAGUGCAUAAGUACACAAACGUGUACUUCAUGUUUAGUGACAUGCUAAUUCUUAUUUUUACACUUUUUUUUUUUCCAAACUCCAUUGUAUGUUAUACUCUUCUGACACCACCAGAUGGCAGUAUAAGUGUCCACAUAAGCGGCCAUAAGACCCCAAUUCAGUAGUGUACACAAUUUUGGAAAUAAAAGCUAAAAGGUGCUGUCCACGCAUGUGGCCACUAACUAAGCCUUUAGAAAUGUUAAUGUAACAAUACCUAAGUGUGUAACAUGUUUUUGCCUCGUCCCCAAGUGGUAACGAUACUAUGUCUACGAGGAAGAAUAUCCCACUGUGACUACUCCCACAUGAUAUAUUAAUGUAACAAUACAUCAGUGUGUAACAUGUUCUUGCCUCGGCUCCCAGUGGUAACGAUACCAUGUCUACGAGGAAGAAUAUCCCACUGUGACUACUCCCACAUUAUCUAUUAAUUAAGUAACAAUUCAAUAACCAUACCCACUCGGCAUCCAUUGCAGCUGGUCACCAAAAGCGGGGUCCUGACAUCUGCGGUACCUUACCAAGUCCUUUAAAAAUAUAUUAUACUUAUAUUAUAAUAUUAUUUAUAACUACUCCAACAUCAUUUUCAUUGCAUUUUAGAGGCCUAAUGGCCGUUGAACUCAUUUACGCUUAUCAAAGCUCUAUGAAUUCUUUGUUUACAUCUGGUGGUUAAGGGGCGCGAUUACACUAAAAUAAAUAUUUUUAUAUAUUUUCAAAUGCCAAGAAUGAGAUUAAUUUAUUAUUGGCGUUUGAAAAUAUAAAAAUAUUGUCAAUGAAGCCAAAAUAGUUCUUAGGAGAAAGUGUGUAUACUUUUGUAUAUCCCAUUAUAACAAUAAAAUGUUAAUGAAAAAAAAAACACCUGUGCACAAGUUAACUGGUAUUCCAAAAUACAGUACAGGCCAAAAGUUUGGACACACCUUCUCAUUUCAAUGCGUUGUCUGUAUUUUCAUGACUAUUUACAUUGUAGAUUGUCACAUCAAAACUAUGAAUGAACACAUGUGGAGUUAUGUACUGAACAAAAAAAGGUGAAAUAACUGAAAACAUGUUUUAUAUUCUAGUUUCUUCAAAAUAGCCACCCUUUGCUCUGAUUACUGCUUUGCAAACUCUUGGCAUUCUCUCCAUGAGCUUAAAGGUGGUGACUACCAUAUCAGGCUUGAUUAGUGGAAUUUCUUGCUUUACCAAUGGGGUUGGGACCAUCAGUUGUGUUGUGAAUGAGAAGGUGUGUCCAAACCUGUACUGUAUAUUAUCUUAGAAUAUUUAUCCAGGUUUGUCAUAUAUUCGAGUCAACAAGAUAAUAUUGUAUGAAAACUUUGUCCGAUUAUUCCGCAAUGUAACAUCGAAAUCACUACAUUUUCCAUUCUGUCAAGCGAGUUCAAGAAGCGAGCGCUACUUCUUCCAGUCGUGUUGUACCAGACCAACAUGCAGUUUUCAUCUGUGCACUCAUCAAAACCUUUUGAGCAGAUCUGGGCAAAUUAAGGCCCGGGGGCCACAUGCGGCCCGUUAAGGUUGUCAAUCUGGCCCGUCGGACAUUCCCAAAUAAUUUUUUUUAGAUCUUUAAAAUGGAAAGUGUAGCUGCCAUUAUGAUGUGCAGUGAUGUUUUUCUAAUGACCGUAAGUCUUGAACUACACAAAGUAUUUCAAUGGUUGGAAUCUGCACUUUUGCAUGAUAUACUAGUUACUAUGGUAAUCUAAUUAGUUACUAUGAUCAUCUAAUUAGUUACUAUAGUCAUCUAAGUCACAGCAGCUCAGACGAGGCACCAAGCAGUGUGGGUGGGGAGCGUUUCCACAGAGUGUUUCCAGAGCCUGAAAUGUGGGUGUCAUGGACAGACGCGGAAGGAGAUUUUUACAACAAAGUUUAAAGCUUAGUGAUUUCUCAGAUGUAUUAGAUUGUAGGUGGGUUUUUUUACCCUUCACGUUCAUAUUUCGCUGUUUUUUUGCAUUUUUGUUGUGUUUCGCUUGAUUGUAAAAUAUGUGGAUGGAGAGGGGGUGUGACGUUCAUAUGUUGUCAAUAUUCAGUGUUUUAUCCUUCAUAGUUAAUAUUGUAAAUCCCACAUUCUUUAUUUUCAUGUACAUUCUGGGUGUCUCAUUCAGUAAAAAAAUUUAAAAUUCCACUCCGUUUUUUUAAGGCGGUCUGUCAUAACGUUUUUAGCAUUCAAUCAGACGUUAUUGGGAGGUUUUGUAUUAGUGUUUCUAAAAAUAGGACCCAAGCACACUCACUGUACAGCAGAUUUUCACAACUUAUAUAUAUAUAUAUACAUAUAUAUAUAUACAUAUAUAUAUAUAUAUAUAUAUAUAUAUAUAUAUAUACAUACACGUUAGGUCAGGAAAAACCACAGAGGUUAUAUCAUCCCAACAAGCCUAUUCCACAUGUUUCCUUGCGCGUCAGGGGAUUUUAUUGAAGUGUUUGUGGUUGUUACAUGUAUAUAUAGGGUACAUUACAUGGGGAUGUGGCUAUUGUUACACAAUAUGUACACAAUAUAAUGUACCCUAUACAUAGGGAAACCUGCAAAACAGGCUUGUAGGGAUGAUAUAGCCUCUUGUGUUUUUUCCUGACCUAAUGUAUAUUCCGCUCUACCCCGGUAUUGAGCACUGUAUAACAGAUAAACCACAGAAACCUUGACUAUAUAUAUAUAUAUAUAUAUAUAUAUAUAUAUAUAUGUAUACAUACAUAGAUAGAUAUACCGGCCCCCAGACACAUUUUUUUCUCUAAAUUUGGCCCCCCGGAGUCCAAAUAAUUGCCCAGGCCUGCUCUUGAGGCACAAACAAGGAGUGCUAAUUUGUUGUCAAGCGUCCCAAAGAUCAUACCAUCAAUAUGUACUCAAAAUGUUGAUCUUUUUCUGAUGAUUUGUUUUUAUGCUCUGUGCGGACGAACCUUUCCACUCUCCGUUCGUCUUUUGGUGUUUACUGCAUCCGUUAUCAGGUUUAUCUUGGUCUAUCUCCGUGUUGCAGGCGGGGUGUGUGUCAGGCCCAGACAUUAUGUCGGUUACAAUACUCCUUGCAGCCUGAGGUAAACAAUCGUUUUACUAGGCUUUGAAACUCCCAAAGUGUGCUGCAGAUUUACCGGGGAAACAUCCAAAGUCAGUGUUGUGAAGGAGUAACACGUGGACGUUGUAGAGCGUAGCAGUGGUGUGGUUUUACUUUCUCCUCGUGUAAAGACUUGAAAGACUCCCUUCCUUCUGCUCCUCUGGAUUUCACGGUCUUUACGUGGCUGUCGGUGUUCUCCCACCAAGUGUAGGUGUCGAUAGGUGUGACGAUAAUAUGAAGAAAAUACAAUGUGAGGUUUAAGUGAAAGCGCGCAUUUUUGUGUGUGUGUCGUCGUGUCCGUUGGAGGUUGAUUCUGUACAAGAUUAUAGCAGCCACACAAUGUUAGACUUGAAAGAAAUAUACAAAAAAUAUGUAACGGACUGCUUGUUAUUUCCAAAAAUGUGAGUUGUGUUGUCUGACUGUGAUGACGUGGUAUUCUAUAUGCAGAUAGUUAACCUUUCAGUUGCUCUUUGUGCACAUUAAUGUGUAUUUCUUUUGGUUGAGCACAUGUACUUUGUAUUUUUUUUCUCCAUUUUUUUUUUUAAAUUUCAUUAAGAAUUUUAGGGCCAUUCUACAAAAUCGGUGCAAUUUGCUUGUUGUAACUCUCACAAUAAACGAAAAGUUCUGUCUUCUUUUUUAAA